AUGUUGCGCGUCAAGUUUGGGCAGCGAUCUAGGUACUUGUGCACCACGAUCGCCGCUGUUCAAGACGAGCAUUCGCUACUGCCUCCUCGCUCGAGAGAAUUCGAGGGUAGAGGCACUCUGGUACUCGACCUAGACGAGACUCUGGUUUACAUCAAGUGUGAGCAAGGAUGCCUCGUCAAUUGCGAGUGUGGCGAGGGUGAUGGCUUCUACGUUGCCAAGAGGCCCUGCGUUGACGACUUCUUGCAGCUGAUUGUUGCAAACUUUGAGGUGGUUUUAUGGACGGCCUCUCCGCAGCCGUAUGCCGAGGCUGCUCUGGGACUGCUGGAUCCCGAGGGGCAGAUUUUCGCGCACAGGCUCUACAGGCAGCACUGCGUAGGGGGCGUGAAAGAUUUGUCCCGGCUGGGGCGGGACUUGAGCAUGGUGGUUGUGGUGGACGAUCAAAUCUCCAACUUUCCCAGUGCGCUUCUGCACAACAUGAUUGCCAUCAAGCGGUUUAUCCGGGAUGGAAGCGACGAGCAGGAGCAGGAUGUCACACUUCAAAAGCUUGGGCAGUUGCCCACCAGGCUUCUGAGGGAGUCCCCAUUGGACUUCGUGAAGUGGUUGGACGAAUUCAGGGAGGAGGGGUUUUUCGAUGCGAUUAAAAGCAUUGGGGAGAGAGCAAUGCCGUGGUUGCCCUCUUGGAGAAGGGACAAGCUUCAAAGUGGUUUACCUUUUGUAGCUGAAGUUCAAAUGCCCGUUUACGUGCCACUUCUCAGCGAAAAGUGCAAUGAAGACUUCUUUAGGUUACACAUGAUUUUAUUUUAG